UAUCCGCUUAUCUAUACCUGGCAAACUGAGUAUUUAUAACUUCCAACUCAUAUAAUUGGUGAAGAAUUUUUUAAUAUAAGCUUAAAAAAUGGAUACAUUACGGUUCUUUUUGGUGACCUGGAAUGUUGCUACUAAGUCCCCUGGGCAGGAUCUUAACUCAUUAUUAGACUUUCCAUCACAGUUUAAUAAAAAUAAACCCUUGCCUGACUUUUAUGUUGUUGCUCUGCAAGAAGUAAAAUCACAGCCUCAGAAUAUGCUAAUGGAUUCCCUAUUCAGCGAUCCUUGGACAUCCACCUUCAAUAACAUACUCUGCAGACAAGGGUACAUUAGUGCCAAGAGCAUUCGGUUACAGGGAAUACUUCUCUUGGUAUAUACACAAAUGAGACAUGUUGUUCAUUUGAGAGAAAUUGAGGCUCAGUACACCAAAACUGGUUUGGGUGGAAUGUGGGGCAACAAAGGAGCAGUCAGUAUACGUUUUAACAUCUAUGGGUGCUCAGUGUCGCUUGUCAACUGUCACUUGACAGCUCACGAGCAUCUCCUCGCCGAUCGUAUCAACGAUUAUAACACUAUUUUAAAGCAACAUGUGUAUCAUGUCACUCAAACCGCCAACAUCUUGUAUCAUGACUACGUGUUUUGGCUGGGCGAUCUCAAUUUCCGUACAGACUAUCCAUCAGAAAGUAGUCCAACCUCGGAAGAGAUCGUGGCGCAACUGCAGAAAGUUGAGAAGGACAAAUACACGAAUCUACUAAAACAUGACCAGCUGCUCGCAGUUAUGGAAAGUGGAGAAGCGUUUUCGGAGUUUACGGAGCCAGAAAUUCGAUUCCCGCCUACGUACAAAUUUAACGUUGGAACUGACGACUAUGAUGUUAAGCGAAAACCAUCCUGGACUGACAGAAUCCUGAACAAGGUUAUUGCUAACAACUACGAGAACAUAACGCUACGAGCGGACUUGAUAUCGUAUCAACACAUACCACAUUACACCAUCAGUGACCACAAACCUGUGGUUGCACAGUAUAACAUUAAGAUACGUCACGGCUUCACACGCUCCGUAGUAGCCGACAAUAUGAGUGUGAUGUCGCCUAUACGAAUGCGAAGUGCUCUUAUUCCACCGGCCGCCGAAGCAUUGUCAUAUGCGUUUGCGGAUGUGCCGGAUUCGUCUAACAUAAGCGUUGACUCUAUGGCUGCAAUGGUGAACGAGGAAGAACCCUCACAAUUAGACGAACAGGUAUUCGCAAAUUACACGGAGAAAACCGUAGAGUUUGCGCCUAUAAUGGGGGUUUGGUACAUUGGAGACGCCGACUUCAGAACACAGUGCACAUUAACGCCUGAUGUCGAAAUAAACCCCAACGAUUGGAUCGGCAUUUAUGAUGCAAAUUUCCACAGCUUAGACGACUAUAUAGCAUACGAGUACCUUGCAAAAGUCAGUGUGCCUCAGGCGCCUGCAGCAGAGGGACAGCCGCGCACGAUCACUCUGAGCUUUCCUGUGGGUAGCGGCGUGCGGACACCAGGCUUCUACCGAUUUAUCUACUUUAGUCAGCCUAAUAACGAUGUUAGAAGUGUUUUAGGUAUUUCCGAACCGUUUGAAGUAAGCAGUACAGAAGACCGGUUAGUAACGAUCGAAUCAUCCGAACAAGCGUCAGGCAGUAGCACUUCACCAGGGAAGUCCUCUACGGCCACUACAGACAUAUUCGCAGAUUUCACAGGCCUUGACGUUGGUAAGCUGUCCAGGCAUUUCUCAAACGAUUUGAGCAUUGACUGACUAAAGCGAUACCUGCCCGGCUCGCCGGCAAACGAUAGAAAGAAGGAUUCGUAGUUUUUAAGUCACAAAUUGGUAUUUUCAUAUUUGCUUGGUUGGUUUUUAAUUUACUUUUGACAAUGUAAUAGCUUUAUUGGGUUCUUUAAUAAGGGCUAUGUUAUAAAUUGGCAGGAGUUUGAUAUUGUUAGUACAUAGUGUAGUUUAAACUCGUUCUGCGUACUAAUUGAAAUUAUAAAAGAAUAAUAGCUUUGGUAUGUGUGUAAUUGAUUAAUUAUUAUAGACUUUCUACAAACAAAUUCCGGCGAUUAUUGUACGAUGUGUAAACAUAUCGCACAACACCUUCAACAAUCAUACAA